AUGCCUUACACGCCGCCUUCCAAUUCGCGAUCUCCCGCCCACUCCACACAAUCAUCGCCCGAUGUGAGCCGGCGACCGUCGGUUCAGAGUGGCUCACGCCCACCUCUGCCGCGGUCGACCUCGUAUCUCACCAAAAGUCGGCGUACGCCCCCCGUAGCUGUCGGGGGGGAUGGCUUCCCCACUCCCCCCGGCACCUGCGACGACCUCCAGGACCUCGCCGUAACCGACGAUAGGGGUAUACAUAAUGGUGCUGUCACCUCACCUCCGGAUUCGAUGUCGGGGAGCGACGAGGAAGACAACAGACCGCGUGGUCUCCACUUCGGCACGACUCUGAAGGAGCUAAGAGACGCUGUCAUCUCCCUGCGCAGAGACUCUGACCCAGAUAUCACAACCCUGCAUGUGCCGGACCGGCAGGGCCCGACUUCCAAUGGCAUCAUUCACAGCUUUAGCACGUCCGCGUUGGAUCAGCUCCAUGCCUCGGAAAGACGGAGGAGCCACUCGAGAUUCUCCAGUGACUCCGAUGCUGGGUUUUCUCAUUCGGCCAAGACUUCCACCACCGGCUCGGAAGAAGAAUCGGAAGAGGACCGAGGGAGCAAACCCCCCAUGGUUCGAAAGAAAUCCGGGGAGCUUGUUCGUCCCGCUCUACGCCCUCCUUCUCGCAAGAGGCCAUCGAGCAUGCCUGGCACGCCGACAUGCAAGGCUGUCCACUUUGAUUCCCACCUGGAACACGUGCGGCACUUCCUUCAAGUCGACCGCCCGCUCGCCGUCAGCGCAGGGUCAUCACCCGUCGACGAUUACGACAGUGAGACUGAGUACCCAUUUACGACCUUGGACCGCCCCGACUCGCCCACCACCACCACCACCACCUACCAGUGGGAGAUCGUGAUCACGAACCCUCCUGUCGACAGUGUCAUCCGCAAAGCGCAACCCGUGCGGCUUGAAAAGGUCUGGCUCUGGCCUGAUCAAAAGUCUCUGGUGGGAUCCAUCGCAGUCGCGAACUUCGCUUUCCAGAAGUCCGUCACCUGUCGUUUCACCCUAGACUAUUGGAAGACCACAUCCGAGGUGAAUGCAGAUUUCGCACAGGCGAUCAGUGAGAAGGGCGCUCCUCACAGCCACGACCGUUUUACCUUCGCCAUCAAGCUGUCGGACACGGCGCAUCUGGAAACCAAGACGCUUUACUUUUGCAUUCGGUAUAAUGUCAUUGGCCAAGAGUUCUGGGACAACAACGAUCACGCCAACUUCCAAGUCGACUUCCGCAAGAAGCCCGUCCCGCGAAGCGGCAAACGCGGCUUGCCAGGCGCGACCAACAGAGCUGUGAACGGCGGCGGUCUUCCCCGAAGCAACCGUUGGGGAAACCCUUCGCCUCUCCCGAGUCGACCCAAACCGAGGCCCACCUUGGACGAUAUCAAUGGCUCAGACAGGUACAGUUUCGGACAGUCUAUGGACGAAUGUCGCGGUGGGCGCCGCCCCCGCCUAAAGCACAAGUCGUCUGAAAGCGACAAUCUCUCCGGCCGGGUGCCUGCUCCCAGCGGCCAGGCCUUCUCCAACCGGUAUGACUUCGGCGCUUCCCUCUCGGCUGCCGUGCAGGCUGCCAAGGACGCCCUGGGCAAAGACAAAGACCGUAACUCGGGCGGCCUCUAUAUGAAGAGCUCCAGGCCGGCGUCGUCUGCUCCACAACAAUCCCCAGCACCUAACCCACCCGCUCCUAAUGUCGCCCCCACCCUGCCUGGGACCGGCUCAUCCACCACAUCCCUGUCCGCAUCCUCGUACCAGGAGAUGGUCAACAAAUACUGCUUCGUACGUACUUCCCGCGACCACCAGCCAGAGACACCUGGUCUUAGUUCCGACUAUCCCCGGGCAUCUCUUCUCUCUCGAAGCCCUUGCUGA